AUGACGUCUCAAUUCCAAUCUCUGUUUCAGCGCAUUGCUCGCAAUCAACGUGUCGUUGCUACGGCUCUGGCAGCAACUUUUAUCGGAGUUCCCGUACUGCGGGCUGCGGUCCUCGACUACCGCGAGUACAUCAAGAUUGGGCCUGGCGGCGUCCCCUACAACGUCUUUGGCUGGCUCAUCCAGCUGUGCCUGCGACCCAUCACCAAGGAACCGUUUCACACGAGCUGCUAUGAUGGCGCAAGGGCGAUCAAAGAAGCAGGGCCAAAUGCCGGUUCGGCGUUUUUGAGUGAAGAUGAUGUUCCUGUGCGCUGUUCGCCGAGGCCGGAGGUAGGCAGCUGGACGGUUCCUAGUCGUCAGUUGACGGAUAUGGCGGAUGAAGAGGUGAAGAAGCGCUAUAAUGAAUUCCUCCAAUCUCUAGUUGCAUCCUCACCUUCCCAACUAAAGAUCGCCCAGUCCUUCGCAGAAGGCCGCGGCCCAGCGCUCUUCAUUGCCUCAGACGGUCCCCUGCACCCAGUGGCCUGGUGGGCGAGGAAGGAGAUAACGCACAUGCACGCCAGCGACGGAUCUAUGCACCUCAACUUGGCGCCCAAGGACGCCAAGCUGGUGCUGGAGCGAGGCUGGGGACAGCGGCAUCCGCUGAGUGGGAGGAUGCUGUACACGGGGCUCCUCAUGAUUUAUGCGCCGAGGGGAGAGGAGGAGCUGGAGGUUGUCAAGAGGAUUACGAAGGCUAGUAUACGGUUUAUGCUUGGAGAAGAGGCUUGA